GUAGUUUUAAAUGCUAAUAAUUAAAAGAAGACGAAGAUUAGUAGUUUUAUUUUACCUUAUUCGUAAAGUUUUAAAAGAACUACCUACCUUUGAAAAUGCAAUCCGACACACAGAUUCAGCAAACAGAACAACAAAUCGAGGCACAGCCUGCAAGUGAAGAUUCAACAAACGCCAUGGUCGUGAAACAAGAUAAUAUUGUAAUUGCACCGGCAAUGGUGGUCCCAUCUGAACAGGCUUCGAAUAAUCCCAUAGUCAAAGAAGCACAGAAAACUCCUCCGAAAAAGCCAAAAAAACGAAAACCAAAAGUUCCUCGUGACAAUACAGCUCCUCGGCAGCCACUUACUGGUUAUGUAAGAUUCUUAAAUGAACGUCGUGACCAACUUCGUGCUGAACAACCAGAUUUGGGCUUCGCAGAGCUGACACGCCAGUUAGCAAGUGAGUGGAGUAAGCUACCUACUGAAGAAAAACGGCAUUACUUAGAUGCUGCUGAUCAAGACAAAGAAAGGUAUAUCAAAGAAUGGGCAGAGUAUAAAAAAACUGACUCAUAUAAGGAAUUCAGACGGCAACAAGUGGAACAAAAGGAAUCAAGUAUUGCUGCAAAGAAGAUGAAACAUAAUACUACUACAGAAAUAACAUCAAAUUCAACAACAAGUCAAACAAUAGCAGAUCAAAAUGUAACAACGGUAAAUUGUAAUAAUGCUAUAAUCCCAGCAAUAACAACCCCGCGCCAGCAGACUCCACCAAGACCUAAACCAUGCAUCACUCCAGCAUUAGGUGAAGAUAUGCACAAUGGUGAUACGGACAUACCAAUAUUUACAGAUCAAUUUCUUCAGCACAAUAAAUUGAGAGAAUCUGAACUUAGGCAACUAAGGAAAGCUAACUCUGAUUAUGAACAACAGAAUGCCAUACUACAGCGACAUGCGGAAGAAGUAAGUGGCGCCACAUCACGACUUCGCGCUGAAACUGCGGCCGCCGCUGAAAGAACUGCAGCGUUGCUGGCUCACAGACGUGCACUCGUCAAUGCGUUAGUGCAAGCACUGCAAACAUUUUCUUUGCCAGGUGGUCCUGCUGGUGCAACAGAAGCUAACAUUGAAGAAUACAUGGAGAAGUUACAAGCUCUCGCAGCAGAAACGAAACCAAAUGCGGUUGUGAAGCAGGCUCGUGACAUUUUGAAUAGGAUCGAGUUGCCUCUGAAUUAAAGAUAAUGCAGUAUUUAAAUAAAUUAUUUAUAAUGUCUUUGGUUGUU